AUGCCGGAGAAAGGACCAAUUCUAUCUCCGACACCAAACCAGUUAUUACUUCAACGGUCGAGUCCUCUCUUUCAAUGGCGUUUCGGUGCUCUUACAGCACUCGUCUUCUCCCUCAUGGUAUUCGUCUGGAGCAUCGACGGUUUCUCGAUACAAACCUUCGCUGAGCCAUGGAGGCUCAGCGCAUACUCCAUCCGCGUCAGUUUCUCUCCCUCUCCAUCUCCUUCACCAUCAUCACCCAUACCUCCUCUUAUAGAAUCCGAAAAGCCCACUACAGGCCCACGAAAUCUAAAUGCGAAGAAGAAGACGAAUCUCACUUCGAACUCAAACUCAAACUCAAACUCAACCCGGUGGAUCACCGCCGAACCGGAGAAGAAUUACACGGAGAAUCUAAUUAAAAACUGGUUAGCUCCAGGAGGAGAACCGUGCAGGGAAGCGAAAACCGUCGAGAUUUCACUUCCCGGCGUCGACGGGAUCGACACGGUGGAGCUAACCGCCGGAGAGAUACACGAAUUCAAAUUCCAAGCCUUGGACGAAUCUAAAAACAAUGUUUGCAUCGGUGGUGACUACUUCGAGACGGAUUUAACCGGCCAGAAUUGGAAAUCUCGGCCUCCGGUGAGAGACUUCGGCAACGGAACUUACUCGAUGUCGUUACAAGUUCACCCCGAGUUCGCCGGAGAGUUCAACCUCACGGUUAUUCUCCUCUUCCGUCAUUACCAAGGCCUUAAGCUCAGCCCCGCGCGACUAGCCGUCGACCAAAAGCUCCGGAGUGUCCGGUUACGCUUCGUGGAGAAGCCUGGCGUUGCUUUGCCGGAGCUAAGGACAUGUAUAAGAUCCGACUUUGGACGAGAUGCGUGGUCGGGACGAUGGACGAGGCUCGGUAAGAACGAGGGUUGUGAGAUCAGCAACGACGGGCGUUACCGUUGCCUUCCCGCGGAUUUCCCUUGUCGGAAACCGUGGUGCGAGGGAGCUCUUGGAGCUAUAGAGAGUAAUGGUUGGGUUUACUCAAGCCAUUGCUCUUUCAAGAUGUUCUCUGGAGAUGAUGCGUGGGACUGUUUGAAGAACAAAUGGAUCUUCUUCUGGGGGGACUCGAACCACGUGGAUUCGAUUAGAAACAUGUUGAACUUUGUUCUAGGUCAUCCGGAGAUCCCCGCUGUACCGAGGAGGUUCGAUAUGAAGUUCUCUAACCCGAAGAAUGAAUCCGAGACGGUUAGGAUCACGAGUAUCUUCAACGGUCACUGGAACGAUACACAGAACUAUCAAGGCCUUGAUUCGCUUAGAGACAACGGCUUUAGAGAGUUGCUCAAGAAGUACUUCUCGGAGGACCGUGUUCCAGAUGCUAUGGUCGUGAACUCUGGCUUACACGAUGGGAUUCACUGGACCAGUCCUAGAGCGUUUGAGAAAGGAGCUGAAGCCGCAGCUGCGUUUUGGAAGGGAGUUUUCGACGGGGUCAGAAGCAGGGGUUUGCAGCCUCCUGAAGUGGUUUUUAGGAACACGGUAGCGACGGGCGGUUACGCGAGAAUGUUACCGUUUAACCCGAGUAAAAUGGAGGCGUUUAAUGGAAUGUUUCUUGAGAAGAUGAGGGAUGCGGGGUUGGUGACAAGCGUGGUGGAUAACUUUGAUAUGACGUAUCCUUGGCAUUUUGAUAAUAGGUGUAAUGAUGGAGUUCAUUACGGAAGAGCUCCGGCGAAAAUGCUGUGGAGGGACGGUGAGAUUGGACAUCAGUACUUUGUGGAUUUGAUGCUUGUUCAUGUGUUGCUGAAUGCGUUGUGUGUGAGAUAG